UCCUAUGCUUACCGAUACCCGUGGCUGUACUUUGCUCGGCCUCUCUAUAUCACUGAUAUCUCAUGUCAUUAUUACGAAGGUGUUCUGAACAGCAGCCAUUUUAUCUGAAACCAUGAAGUAUCUCGUCGUUUUCGCUUUUCUUGCCCUGGCAUACGCUGACGUGAAAAAUGUCCGUCAGAAGUUCAAAGAUACAACCAUCACGGCGCUGAAUGACCAGAUCACGCGUGAAUUACAAGCCAGUUACUUCUACCAAGCUUACUCGCAGUACUUUGCCCGGGCUGAUGUGUCCCUCCCCGGAUUCUCCAAGUUUUUCUCCGAGGCGUCCAAAGAGGAGAGAUCUCACGCUGAGAAGUUGAUGGAGUACAUCAACAAGAGGGGCGGGGACGUCCAGAUGAAGGAAAUCAAGUUGCAAGACGUCUGUGACGUCGUAUCCAAGGGUCUGGACAGCACCACCUUGACCUUUACAAAAACCACCUCCUGUAUUUGCAACUUUAUGACCGGUGAUGCAACUGCUCUUAGCGGGAUCGAUUGUGACAAAUCCAUGCGUGACAGCUGGUUCAACGGAUUGCUUGCUAUGGAGGACACUCUGGUGCUAGAACGAUACGUUAAUGAAGAACUGCUUAAAAUCCACAGCGGGCACGAUGAUGAUGCUCAUCUAUCUCAUGUGUUGGAACACGAUUUCUUGGAUGAACAAGUGAAUGCCAUCAAGGAGAUUGGAGAUAAGAUCAGCCAGCUGAAGAGAGCAGGCAAGGGUCUUGGAGAGUACCUGUUUGACCAGAAGUUGUAGAUAGAGAACAAUCACACAAUGAGAGAGUUGUCAAAGAAAGAAUAAAUGUCAACGUUAAAUUGUAACUCUAAUUUAAGUAGUAAAGCUACAUAUUAUAA